AACGAACGUCGAACAAACGAUGUAUCUUCACACUUGCGUAUACAUGGUAUUUAGAACGCUCCAACGAUUCGCGUAAAAUACUUCUUUCGUAUCAGACUCGUUUUGAAGUGAAAGUGUUUUUGUCGGACUACGGUGCAAAAUCUCGUUAUCAGUGAGUGAUACCGCGACUGUUAGUCAAGACGUUGUUGUUUCUUUUUUCUACCUUCAGUGGUCCGCCGUUCUUGUCAGUAAUAACCGUUUUUUUACUAACAGCUUUGUCCAAUUAACGCGUCAGUUUGGGCACGAAACGGGAGAAAAUGUUAAGCUACCAUGUUUAUGGUAAUGUGCCCAGAAACUUUGUGCCAAGGAAUGGCGUUAAUGUGGAGGGUGCAACCCACAAACAGGUAGUCGAUCUAAUCAAAUCAGGGGGAGAUGUAUUGACUCUCACCGUAAUAUCCGUAACUCAACAGGAGGCUGAAAGACUGGAACCAACUGACGAUAGUCAGGUUUAUUACGACUACAGUGAGAAACGGUCGCUUCCAAUUAGCAUACCCGAUUACCACUACAAUGAACGGGGUGGCGAACGAUAUGUAGCGUUUAAUAUUUACAUGGCCGGCAGACAUCUCUGUUCAAGGAGAUAUAGGGAGUUUUCCAAGUUAAACACCGACCUCAAAAAGGAAUUCAUAGGUUUUACCUUCCCAAAACUACCUGGCAAGUGGCCUUUCACGUUGAGCGAGCAACAAUUAGAUGCACGGCGACGUGGUUUAGAGCAAUAUUUGGAGCGUGUGUGUGCGGUUCGCGUUAUUGCCGAAUCCGAUGUUAUGCAAGAGUUCCUCACGGAUCAAGAUGAUGAAAAUAACAGUAGUCCAGUUGAUCUAAAAGUAUUAUUACCUGAUAGAGAUGUAGUAACAGUGUCUUUGAAGAAGAGUGCAAAUGCUGAUGAAGUGUACGAUGCUGUAGUUAAAAAGAUAGCUAUGAACAAGAAAGUAUCAAAUUAUUUUUAUUUAUUCGAAAUAGUUGAAUAUAAUUUUGAAAGAAAAUUGCAACCCAAUGAAUAUCCCCACAAUUUGUAUAUACAAAAUUAUAGUACGGCAACUAGUACGUGUCUUUGCAUUAGGAAAUGGCUGUUUUCAAUAAAGAAGGAAUUGACACUAAUGAUUGAUACACAAGCAACAUCUUACAUAUUUUGGCAAGCCAUUGACGAGGUGAACAGAGGUUGCAUUCACGCCGGCGAAAGACUGUAUCAACUGAAGGCGCUUCAGGACAACACGCGGGCUGUGGAGUACCUAAAGCUGGCGAGGGAGUUGCCGGGGUAUGGAGAGGUGGUGUUUCCCCAUUGCGCAUGUGAUUCCCGCAAGGAUGGUCAUGUGGUCGUCUCGAUAGGUUCGGAGGGUAUCAAACUUCAUGCCUGUCGAGAAGAUGGUACUCUUGAAAGCCAGGUGGUGGUUCUUCAGUGGGACUGCGUUCGUCAAUGGGAAAUUGAUGAUGAAGGUAUGGCCUUCUGUCUUAAAUACAAUAGGCCUGACAAGACACCAAGAUGGCUAAAAAUAUUCACCCCUUAUUAUCUCUACUUAAUGGAUUGUUUUGAAAAGAUCGUGGAGGAGAGCAAAUGGCUGGAUACAGGGGAGUGACUAACAACAUCCUCGGCGUAGUAGGCGAAUGAAGUUCAUGUUGAAUAUGUUAAUAUAAAGAUACAUUAAUUUAUACUAUGCGUAGUAUCCCCCGUUAUAUGUGAUGUGUUUUGGUGAUUGUUUUAUUGCUUUCAAAGUUGUCAUCAAAUUUAAUUUUUGUUAAACGUCUUUUAUUGUAUUUUACUAGCACAAAAAGUGAACUUAGGUAAUGUACAUGUCCUUGUGAUAGAAUGCAAUUGAUAGUUAUAGUCGAAAUUUCUGUAUAUAAUUCAUUUAUAGUUAGUUUUAUUGAUCAUAAUUGCACUAAAGAACGUAGAUCGUUUUGCAUAAAGUAUUAUUGUUAUUGAGAUUAUAUAAUUAUGUAUAUGUUAUUUGUUAAGGAUUUUCAUUGUUUAGUUAUACAGUGGCCGGAAAAUACAAUUUUUUAUAUUUACUUAUAUAUAAUACACUUCCCUGGAAAACAUACUGCUCCUGUUUUCAUCUUUCAGAAGAAAAAUUAUAAUAUUAGUGGUAGACAACAUUGCUCAUUGCCUAGAUUAUUGUACUUUGCACAAAUGUUGUAUUUUUUCAACCACUGUAUUUACACUGCCAUUUGAAUUACUUACUAUUUUUUACUGUUACUUUCCUUAUUCUUAAGAACUUUUGUGUAAUAUAUGACUUUUUUCAUUUCAUACCUUUAUACUCUUGUAAAUUCCAUUAAGCAAGCAAUUUAUUAGAUUAAUAAAUGAUAUUUUAAUAUAAAUAACUUGUAAAUCAAAUCAGUAUGAAGUUUAGCUCAAAUUCUUUAUUUAGUGUAGGAAAUAUAACUAAUUUUUAAAGUAUCCUACAAAUUAGGAUUUAAAAAUGAAAAUAGCGUUCCUCUACUUGAAUUAUAUAAAUAUAUAUUUAUGUUAAUUAAAAUGUAUUUCAGAUUUAUUGUUAAUUAGCAAUUUAAUAUUUGGCUGUUACUCACUAAAUUAAAAAGUAUAUGAAAUA